AUGUCGGAUACGUUUGACUACUCCUCCCUGUUCUUAAGCCCAGCUUCUCCUGUUCCUCUGCUCGUUUCCUGCGCGGCGGCGGCGGCGAGAGGAGGGAAGAAGAGGAGAGCGGGGAAGAUGCAGGCGUGCGCUAGGGCGGCGGGGGAGGGGCUCCCGCUGGUUCGUGCCCCCGCCAGGCAGCCGCUGGCUCAGAGCUUUGUUAAGGUCAGCAGACUACCUUCUUUGCAUGAGACAAAUCGUGUAGUCUCCUGCUCGGCGAGGGUGUCAGAAAAUAUUUCACACAAAAUAGAAGCCAGCAUGGAUCAUAUUCUUCCAGCAUCGCAAGAUCAUGUCGUGAAAGCAAUUGAAGCAAUUAAUGGGGGACAAGUGAUCGCGGUGCCCACCGAUACAAUAUAUGGGUUUGCUUGUGAUGCAUGUUCUGCAGAAGCAGUCAAUCGGAUAUAUGAAAUCAAAGGACGCAUACAUACACGCCCUUUGGCAAUCUGCGUUGCUGAUGUCCCAGAAAUAUCACGGUUUGCCGUAGUGGAUCACUUGCCCCAUGGUUUGCUUCAUAGUCUUCUUCCUGGGCCUGUCACUGUUGUUUUAAAGCGAGGUGAGAACAGUAUACUGGAGAGAUCUCUUAAUCCUGGUCUGGACAGCAUUGGAGUACGUGUGCCAAAAUUGGAUUUCAUACGAUCCAUUGCUCGUGGUGCUGGAAGUGCACUUGCGCUUACAAGCGCCAACUUAAGUGGUCGUCCUAGUAGCGUCAGUGUCAAAGAUUUCGGGUAUCUGUGGCCACACUGUUCAUAUGUCUUUGAUGGUGGUAUACUUCCUUCUGGACGUGCUGGUUCAACAAUUGUUGACCUAAUAACACCAGGAGUCUACAGGAUAUUGAGAGAUGGAAGUUCGAGGGAGGAAACAAUGGCUGUGCUGGGAAAAUUUGGCUUUGUUGAAGCUUCAUAG